AUGAUCCCACGGAUACGAAUGGGCUUGCUGGCCCUCUUCGCCUUUGUAUCAUGCCUCUCAACUGUGCUGGCCCAGACCAACGGCACCACGAGCGAUGGGAUAAGAUGGAUCACAUACCAGAGCCCAGAUGGCGAGACCGUCUACCUGCAAGACAACCGCAAACCCUCGCUGUACACCCAGAACUUUGGAGAUUGUUUGGGCGGCAGUUCCAUCAAUGUCACUCGCUUCGAUGCGGCGUACUAUCGGGACAAUAUGACCGUGCUGUUUCACCUGGCUGGAAAUUCGGGCAUCGCCAACGACAGCUUGAUGAUGUACAUUGGAGUAUAUGCCUAUGGAGAGGACAGAUUUGAUCUGGUGUUCAAUCCAUGCAAUGCCAACAUCUACAGUCUUUGUCCCAUCAACUCGAGCGUACCCAUCACCGCCAGUGGUAUCAUCCCUGUCGCACCAUCGGACGUCGCGAAUAUUCCAGCUAUUGCUCUUACCAUCCCCGACUUCGAAGGAGAGGCGAUCCUGCGCAUCUUCUCCAACACCUCGCACGAAGAGAUUGCUUGCUACUCGGCGGUCGUCACGAAUGGCGGCUCCUUUGGCCAGCCUGAGUCUGUGGGAAGCGUUCUGGGAGUCUUCACCUUUGUGGCCAUGAUUGCUUCAUUCGCCACGGCAAUCUACGGAGAAGCUGUCCCGACCAUGCGAUUGCAUUACGCGCACUCUCUGUCGGUGGGUGUUGUAUUCUCGGUCUGGCAGCACAUUUUCUUCACGGGAGCGCUCUCCGUGAAUUGGCCCUCUGUGCUGGUGGCCUGGUGGAGUAAUUUUGCAUGGGCAGGAGGCAUGAUUUACACCUCAAGCAUGCAGAGCAGCAUCAACAACUUGAUUGGCCAGAACACUGGCAAUACCUCUCAAGUCGGUGCCGCGCAAGCAGGAUCACCAAACUCGGGAGUAGGAGGAGGGUACGACAUCAGCUCAAUCUACAAGAGAGCGCUUAGUGGUGGAAUGCAGCGUGCGGCCAACCACCCGCUCUUCCGCGACAUCGCUUCAGAAAUCUACAAUCGCGACCCAAGGACGGUAUUGAAGCGCGACAUUGUCCGACGAACUGCUGAGGGAUUUCUUCGACGUCGGGACAACACUCUCGCAGACGCCAGCGAAGGAUACCACUGGUAUGGUCAUCCCGUCAAGAACGGCCUGCCUCUACCAGGUAACUACUCUGGCUUUGCAGGAACUCUCGCCGAGGAGGGCAUCCCCGUCAGCAAUGCUUUCAUGACCGGAUUCCUGUGGUUCUUGAUUCUGAUCGUCAUCGUGGUUGCUGCCGUCAUGAUCUUCAAGUGGACCUUGGAGGCGCUUGCAAGGCUCAAAUGGAUCAAGCAGGACCGCCUCAAGUUCUUCCGUGAUCACUGGCUCGGGUACAGCGGGUUGGUUGCCCUUCGAACUUGUUUCAUUGGCUGGUUCAUGAUGAUGUUCCUCACCAUCUUCCAAUUCACCUACGAUUCCUCGGGAGGUGUCAAGGGCAUUGCGGCGAUUGUGUUCAUUAUCUUCUUCCUUGGUCUCCCGGCUAUCUCUGCAUACGCCGUCUGGUACAAGUGGAAUGUCACCGACUACAACGAAGGCCCCCGGUCAGAGCGUAACAAGCUGCUUGCCGGCAGAUUGCCCAUCCCACGCUUCGGCUUGAAAAAGACCGCUCACACCACCGUCAACGAGGAGUCCGGCGAACAAUCAGCAAAUGAAGACAAGUCAGGCAGUAAACCGAUCUGGAAACGCAUGGCAUCCGCCGGCACUCUCAGCAGUAUCAUGGAGCGCGAAGGUGACAUGAAGAGCAUUCACGAUGAUGAGGACUAUACCAAGAAGUUCGGCUGGUUGGCGUCUCGCUUUAGGCGCACACGCUGGUGGUUCUUCACUGCAUGGCUGUUCUACACUUUCCUCGAGGCUAUCUUUUACGGUGGUGCUUCCGGCUACGCACAAGCUCAAGUCUUCGGCCUGCUCGUCAUCGAAUUCCUGGCCUUCUGCUUCAUCAUCUGGGCGAGACCAUUCGAGGGCCAGAGGCUCAACCUGCUCGUUGUCUACUGCCUGGGUUUCAGCAAAGUCACGUCCGUUGCACUCUCGGCUGCGUUUGAUGUGCAGUUUAACUUGGGCCGCAUCAUCACGACUGUCAUUGGUAUUGUCAUCAUCGUCAUCCAAGGCAUUUUGACCAUCAUCACCAUGAUCGCCAUCAUCAUCGGCGCCAUCAGCUCGUACAUGUCUGUCUCACGUAACAAGGAAGACUUCCGGCCGAGGAAAUGGCAUGGCCUGCGUGAGAAGUAUUUCAACCACCUGGACCGCGCCGUUAACGACUUACCACGAGAACCAAAGCCAAAGAAGCAGCCACCGCCGCCGCCUGAAGAACCGAAGUAUGGAUUCGAGAUGAAGACCGUUCGACGGCUGAACAAGAUUGAAGAUGAAGAUAACGACUUUGUCUCCGAGAUGCGGUCCUUUGACCCCAACGCUUCGUACAUGAGCGUCAACGAGGAGGUACCCUCAACACCAGGAUUUGGCCCUCGCAGCGGGAAUGACACACCUGUCAACCGCAGCCGAGCUAACAGUCGCGCCGCAAGUGUUGCAAGCAUGAGCCAGACCAACUUGCCGUACGGCGCAAGGCCACACCGACCCAGCUGGAAUCAACGAGACUUCACGCCGGUCGACACUCACGUUCCAGACCGCAACAGCACACCCAUCGAUAUGGAGCGGAACGUGCCAGAGGACGACCCCGUUCGACCCCCAUCAGCCAAGGGCAUUCGAACACCAUCGCGUAGUGCGACGAUGCCUGUGAAGCUGAAGCCGCAGACCAGUGUCGACUCACUCAGAGUGGGAGGCGAUGUGAGCACUCGAGAUACGAUCGGCAAUGUACCAGCACCAGCGGUUCGUCCUCGAGCAGGUAGCUACGGCUACAACCGAAGUGCGGCGAGGAGCAUCUCGGACAGCAACAGAAACAGCGACUUCCUCGGUGGUGAUAUCGCAGAUUCACGACCAGGCAGUCAGCGUGCUUCGUUACUCGGUGGUGGGCCAUCUGGUUCAUAUGGCCGCAAUCACCCAUUGACUCCAGCACAAGAAAUGGACGAGUGGACUCUUGCGCAGACGAACUCUCGUCAGUAG